GUUGUAAUAUUCACAAAGUUGGCACCUUUGCGCAUCGCCGCAUCCUUAAAAUGAAUGGUCAAUGCGGCGCCUCUAGGGUUCUAUCCACUCUGCUUUGUACACUUGCAGCCGCCGCAGCUACAGAACUGAACUUCCAUCAAAGCUGAUUGCUUUCCUCAUCAGUCUUUCCCAUGGCGUCAAUCCCGCCGGAGAUUUAUGGUUUACUUCACUGAAACAACUGUUUUGAGGUCAUUCGAUCGCUGCAUCGUCUCAUUUCCAUCUCGAUGGCGACCACAAACCCCUUUGAUCUCCUCGGAGAGAGUGAAAACGACGACCUUUCAGUACUGAUCGCUGCCCAGCAGAAGAAAGUCGCCGCGUCUUCUCCGGCGGCAUCCACUCCGGCGAAGCUGCCAUCGAAGCCCCUUCCACCCGCGCAGGCCGUAAGGGAAUCAAGGAGUAAUUCGGCGCCAAUUAGGGAAGGAGCGGGGCGAGGGGGGUUUGUGCGUGGUAGGGGUGGGAGAGGAGUUGGGAUUGUACAAAGUAGGGAUUUUGAAAACGGGAACUAUAGCAGAUAUGGUGGUGGUCGUGGUGGUUUCUCAACUGAAAAUGCUGAGGGUGUUAAUUCUUCAGAAAGGGGGCAAGGGAACGCUGGUCAAUCGCGGGGAUCUUUCCGUGGUGGCCGGCGUGGUGGUCAUGUCAGCGGGAAUGGGGAGGGUGGAUUUGAUCCUGAUCGUCCUCAAAGAAGAGUUUAUGAGCGUAGGAGUGGAACUGGAAUGGGGAAUGGGAUGAAGAAAGAGGGCGCCGGGCGUGGUAACUGGGGUACAGUUGCUGAUGAAGUUCUUGCACAGGAGACUGAGGAGGGCGUGAUUGUUGAUGAAAAUGUUGCGAUUACUGGGAAACAAGUGGAACAAGAAGAUGGGAACGUAGUAGAUGCAAGCAAGGAUAAGAAGGGAGAAGCAGUACAGGAAGUGGUGAAGGAACCUGAAGAUAAUGAGAUGACCCUGGAAGAGUAUGAGAAAGUAAAGGAGGAAAAAAGAAAAGCUUUGCUAUCCAUGAAGGUUGAAGAGCGCAAAGUUGAGAUCGACAAGGAGUUACAGUCCAUGCAGCAACUUUCUGUCAAGAAAGGAAACGAAGAAGUUUUUAUCAAACUUGGUUCUGAUAAAGACUCACCCAAACUAAGAGACAACUCUGAGAAAGAAGAGAGAGCCAGAAAGGCUAUAAACAUCAAUGAGUUUCUGAAGCCAGCUGAAGGAGGGAGAUAUUACGGUCCAGGUGGUGGUCGUGGCCGCGGAAGAGGCCGCGGUGAUCGGGAAUCGUUUGGGGGCGGUUACACCGGCGGCGCAUCAGUGCCGCCGGCCAUGCCCUCAAUUGAAGAUCAGGGACAGUUUCCGGCUCUCGGCGCGAAGUAAAUUAACAUGGCAACAGAACUUAUAUAUGCUUUGAUGAAUCUUUUGUGUUGAACUUUUGAGCAAAUUCUCUGGUGAUCCAUAACUUCUCAAUCUGGAUUUUUAUAAACCAAUAUAUUGUAUUUCACGUUGAUCCGAGGAUUUUGCUUCUUUUUUUUCUUUUUUGUUCGAAUUUAAGAUUUGUUCCGGUUA